AUGCAAGAGCUGGAGGCGAGUCUCUUGCUCAAACUUGGAGACAGGAUAAAUGCCCGAAUAGAAGGACUGGAGCCACGGCUAAAUCCUGCGCCGCUACUGAGGCCUCCCUUGGCAGCGGACACGGCGAAGAGAGGAAAGAAGGUGAUAAGAAACUCACCUGUCCUUCCGGCGGUUGUCACCCCCGUAGCUCCCGUGGUGACUGCCGUCGAUUCUAGUUCAGGAAAGGACACAAGAAGAGGAAAGGAGAAGAAGAUGGACGGACCUUCUCGGCCACUCAACCCGGAUACUCUGGAGGAGAACUGGGUCACGGUGGCAAAGAAGAAAAAGAAGAAGGAGGAUAAGACGCAGCCAAGAACGGGGCCGGCUCCAAAGCCAAAGAAGAGUCCCCAGGCCAAGUCGAAGCCGAAGCCGAAGCUUAGAAUGCCUCGGUCGUCGGCCGUUGUGAUCACCCUCACCGAUGAGGGCAGGAGAGAGCCAAGAAGGCGAGACGCGCGAAAGCUGCGUGACGGCUGCCCUCGGCACGGGGCUGGGUUUAAAGGCCUAGCUGAUACCAGCCCCUUGUCCGAACAGUGCAGUGACGAAUGGGCUCUUGGAUGGUUUAGUGGGUAG